AUGAGAGAUAUCGCGACCGCUGAUGACUGGAAGGAAAUGCUCACGGAAAUCAAGCGCACUGACAAAUCGAUCGAAGAUAUAUUAGGGGAUUGGUCAAAGAAGACAGUCCAGGAGAUUCAUGCCGAAAUCACCUCAAUGAAACGUGAGGUCGAAAGGCAAUUGAACAUUGUUCUUGACACUAUCAACACUCAAGCAGCUCAAGAUCAACUGGAUAUCCUCCAUCCGGUUACGCGCGCUGCCUUUGGUUCUUAUGAACAAGCUAGGGAAACAUGUCUUGUCGGUACUCAGGUGCCUUUACUUCAACUAAUUCAAGAUUGGAGUAACGAUGCCCAGGGGGAGCCUAUUCUGUGGCUCCAGGGUAUGGCCGGUACUGGCAAGUCUACAAUUGCCCGAACCGUGGCUUCUGCAUUUUACAAUGGGACAUCUUUAUUAGGUCAGGAAACACUACCCAAUGAUGCGUGUCUUGGUGGUAGCUUUUUCUUCGACCAUAGGGAUGAGGACUGCAGGGACCCUAGGAAACUCUUUCCUACCUUGGCUAGAGACCUAGUGGAUGUCCUACCAGAGAUCCAGCAAUCUUUAUGUGAUGGUAUUCGUAGCCAUCAUGCUACCCAUGCAGGAUCCCUAGAUGGCCAGUGGAAACAUUUGAUCUUCAACCCUCUGAAGAUGCUGAAGACAACGCUCCCUGUGACAAUCCUUUUCGUUCUUGAUGCACUGGACGAGUGUCAAGCUGGAACUAGAGAGGAUCAGGAUGACAUCAGCGAUAUCCUGGCUCUACUCAGUCAAGUUCGGGAGUUAACGACCGUGCGAGUUCGGGUACUCAUUACUAGUCGUCCUGGAAUACAUAUGCGCUAUAGAUUCAAUGAGAUACCAGAAGGAAUUCGGGAUGAAACUGUGUAUAAAAUUCGACGACUAGAUGGCGAUGGAGUGAAAGCAGAUGACAUUACCCGUCUAAUUGAAUAUAAAUUGUCGGAGGUUCGAAGAAGGAAUGAUCUCCCGCGGGACUGGCCUGGAAAGGAGAGGGUCGAUAAACUGGCUGAGAAAGCAGAUGGACUGUUCAUUUAUGCAGCCACAGUAUGCCGAUUUCUGGCAAUGGCCAACAGAAAGACAAUCGAAGAUCGCCUAGGGAAGAUCUUUGACGGUGAUGUGGGCCUGGAUGGGAUGUACACUAGAAUCCUCCAGGUCGUGCUUACCGGAGAAGUAGACAACGACCAGGCGAUGUCCGACUUGUUUAAACAGGUAGUUGGCUCCAUUAUUGUUCUGUCCAGACCGCUUUCCAUCAGAGCCCUAAGCAGGCUCGUUGAAGUCGAGCUUAGUGACACAAGAUGGCUUAUGGAGCACCUUUAUUCGGUCCUGGAAAUGCCCCAAGGUGAUCACGGUCCCAUUCAAUUGUUACAUCUAUCAUUCAGGGAUUUUCUUCUAGCCUCUCAGCGAUGCAAUGAUAAUCGUUUUUGGAUCGAUGAGAAACAAGCGCAUCGCAACCUUUACCAAUACUGCCUAAAGAUCAUGUCUAAUAUCCUACGGCGUAAUAUAUGCUGCCUUGAGGACCCAGAUACUCACAUAGCAGAUAUGAAACCUUCAGUCGUGCAUGAAUUCCUUCCCGAGCAGGUGCAGUAUGCCUGUAGUCACUGGGUGGACCAUCUUCAACGGAGCGAUAUUGUGGCGUCUGAUGACACAGUGCUCUAUGACUUCCUAAGAACACACUUUGUCCAUUGGCUUGAAGCUAUGGCUGUUAUGGGGAGGAUCCCAAUCGCGAUCAUGAUAUUAAAUAACUUAACCACUCUUCAGCUUGAGACCAACGCGAAACUGCGGAGACUUGUUCAUGAUGCACGACGGUUCGCUGUCAGCUUCAGAUCAGUGUAUGAGAAAGCCCCUCUGCAAAUUUACGCAUCUGCUUUGCUCUUUGCACCUCAGGAAAGUAUCAUUCGACGUGAGUUUGAAGAAGAGAUUCCUGCUUGGAUAUCUGAGAAGCCAAGUGCUCAUCAAUAUUGGAGCCCAUUACUGCAUACCAUCCCAAAGCCUAGCCGUGACCCUAUUACACAGUUAAAAUUCUCACCUGACAGCAGAUUAAUGGCGGUAGUGUCUUCGUAUAUGUACUCACAUGUGUGUCGGUUAUGGGAUACGUCAACUUGGGUUUGUGUAAAAUCAUUUGAAGAUCAAGGUAACAUUCGAGAUGCUGCCUUUUCACCAGACAGCAAGCAGUUGGCAACCGUAUCAGAGGCCGGGUCCGUCCGGCUCUGGAAUACACACACUGGGAGAUCAACAUUUCUCGAAUCUGCUUCAAGUGCGGUGACUUUCGUGGUAUUUUCGUCAAAUGGUGAAAAGCUCGCAGCUAAAUCUCAUGGGGAUAUCAAGGCUUGGGACUUAGUAUCGGAGAGACUGCUACUAGAAAUACCUGAUGAAAGGAGUGAAAUAGUUUCCAUCUCCCCGGAUUGCAGAUUUAUAGCAUCUUGGAAUAAUCUUGCUGUUAUCGUUUGGGAUGUUUCACAGAGGGCGGUUUUACACACACAUGAGCGACGGGGGGUCCAUACGAUUGAAUUUUCCCCUGAGGGAAAUUUGCUGAUUGCAUCCAAUGAUGGCACAGUUGAAUUUUGGGAUUGUACGGAGAAUAUCUUGCGAUCUUAUACUAAUAUUGGGUACAAAUCGUUGGUCGCGGGUUUCUCACCAGACAGCAAAAACAUUGUCUCUCUUUCAACAAACGGUCAAAUCAACGUAUGGGACUGGACUACAAAUGAAUUCAAAAGCAAUAUACACCAUAUAAGCGACUCAGUGGAUUACAGCCUAUACUGCGGAAAGGUAUCAUUCCCACGAUUCGGCGAACUCGCGGCUUCUUUGGUAGCCGAUGGACCGGAAGACAUCUGGACAUUUAUACCGGGAGUCUUGACGGAAAUAUAUAGAUUCUCUGGUAGGAUGAUGGAUGCACUUGCCUUUUCCCCAGAUGGCAAGAUAAUAGCAGCUUCUGCAUGCUGGACAGAAGAGAUUACGAUUUGGAAUGGAUCAUCAAAGGUUUCGGAGGCGCUCGGUGAUAUACAUGAGGAUACCAUUACUGGUCUAAGCUUUGCUCCGAAUGGUACUGUUGUUGCAUCGGCCGCCAAGGAUGGCACAAUCAGAUUCUGGGAAGCGCAAUCAGGAACGCAUAUGAAAUGUCUGCGAGGGGUGGACGAUCCGGAAUUUCAGAAGAUAAGAUUCUCAACUGACAGCCAAACCAUGAUAUGCCGAACGUAUAAUGGGCAAUGUGUUAUCUGGAAUAUACCCACGUGGAAGGUUCUAAAAAGGCUGGAACUUGGAAAGGACACUUCGAAACUCCAAAAUAUGGCAUUAUCACAUGAUGGUCAGCUGGUGGCAACAGGAUGUUUUGAUGAGCGGAAAGACACGAGUCAUAUUGAGCUCUGGAACCUGACUUCGACCGAGCCUCUCCUCGCACUCACAGAAGAAGGCGAUACUAAGGACAAUGAGAUUUCGCCCCUUGGAAGUUUCAUAGCGUCGACUUACUAUGGAUCUUCAUCAUUCCAGCUUCGGCACACACAGACAGGAAACCUGAUUCACUCCAUGGACCAUGGAGAUAGAGGUCCAGUCAUUGCAUUCUCUCCAAGUGAGAGCAUGAUUGCAUCAGCCGAACAUUCUAUAAAAUUGUGGGAUACUUCUACUGGUACAUGUCUCGGACAACGUUCAAUCGAUGGAUGUGUUGAGUCUAUGGUCUUCUCUGAAGACGGAACGUACGUUCGCACCAAUGAAGGUCAGUUCCAAGUUGCUUCGAUCCUCGGUGCCAACCCCGACUUGUGCCAUGAUAAGAUGGUAGGAGAAGGUGUAUACGUGCAUAAUAACUGGAUCAUGGAGGGAGCUAGCAAGUCGUCUUCUGUCAUGGUCAUUGGGCUCAGUGCGGAUGAAAGGGAAACGGUCUGA